UCUACCCCCAAACCCCAAGCUCUUGACUAUUUAAUAUUUAUACCACCCUUUGAAUAUUCCCCCACACAACUCCACUUGAACCAUUUUUUCUCAACACUUCUUUUAACAGACAGCAAAAAGGCUAAUUGAUAGUCUACUUGAAAGAUAGAAAUAUGGCUAUGGACCUUGAGCUUGAUGAUGAUGUAUUCUAUGCAGACAUACGCAAACAGAUCGAUCUCUUAAUCACAGAUGAAGAUGAAAAUAACCCUAUCUCACUUUCCUCUUCUGUUUCUUUCCAGAGUUUGUUCAGCGAAAACUACCAAACAUUAGCAACACCAUAUAUGAUGUACCAUGUGCAGAAUUACAACCUAAUUAGAGAGAGAAAAGGGACAGGAGUGUUCAUCCCAAGAUGUUCUCAGCCAAGAAAGAAACAAAAUAAUCAUCCUCAUCAGACGAAGCAAGGGAGUUUCGGUUCCCUUGUCUCCAAGCAACAGCUUCCUCAUUAUGUUUAUGACAACAACAACUCCACAACUCUCAACAACAACCAGGAACGCAUCACCCUUCAUCAUGCAGCUUCAAACUAAUCCAAGAAGAACCUUCAGAGAUGCAGCAUAUCUCUUUACUUAAGCCUCAAUCAAGACUCAAGACAUGGAUUUUGUGUCAUUAACUCAUAUUAUAUAUAAUUAAUUAUUCAUAUUUAUAGAUUUGAUGUUUGUAAAAUCAGCAAUUAAUAAGAACUAGAUUAAGAUCCGCGCAUUGCGCGGGAUGAAUGUUGUAUAUACAUACGAUCUUAUGUAUUAUUAUUUAUUUGUGUUUUUUCACUUA